AUGGUACAUAACUCGCAGUUUGAACUUCAUGAAACUCUUAGUGAUCUUUUAACUUGUUUAUUGUCAAGAUUACAGAUCAGAUGCAGAAAUUUUAUUGUGCCUGAUCUUCCUUGUGGUCAACAGUUAAUCAUUGAUAUUCUCAGUACUUGGGGAGAUAAACAUUAUGUAGGUCUCAAUGGAAUUGAGAUUUUUUCGGAUACAGGUCAACUUGUAUCCAUAAGUAAGAUAUCAGAAGAUCCAUCAAUUAUAAACCAAUUACCAGAAUAUAAUGAUUCUCGUAUAUAUAAUAAUCUUAUUAAUGGAGUGAAUAGAACAAGAGAUGAUGCUAAUUUGUGGCUUAUCCCAUUUACAGAAGGAAAUCAUCAUUACAUUUAUAUGAUUUUUCAAGAUAUUGUAACAAUUGCUAUGAUUAGAAUAUGGAAUUAUAAUAAAUCUAGAAUACAUUCAUAUAGAGGAGUUAAGGAUAUCACAAUUACAUUGGAUAAGACACUUAUUUUUUAUGGAGAAAUUGCUAGAGCAUCUGGGGACUUACAAGGCGAUGUUAAUUCUUUCGGGGAUACAAUUUUGUUUACGACUGAUGAAAAUAUUUUAGAAAUGGUAUCAAUAAAUGAUGAGAUGUUUACAAUUACUAAUGAUGAUAUCCUUAAUUAUGCGCGAAAAGAAAAAGAUAGACCAGCAACAGUAACAACUGCUUCAAAUAUAACAUUUGAAAGACGUAAGAGUGACUGUUCAGUUGGAAAUCGUUCAAAUGUAUCUAGUGGCAGUGAAUAUAAUGCACUGUCCCUUUCUUGUAAGGAAAUUCAACUAAUUAUUCUUUCAAAUUGGGGUGCUGCUGGAACAGUAGGUCUUAAUGGAAUAGAAUUCAUUGGAGAUCAAAAUGUGAUUUUGCCAACAAUUAAUGUUAACUUAAAAUGCAAUUUAGAUAAUACAAAUCUUUUAAAAUUGAUUAACGGGUACAAUAUAACAACUGAUAAAGAUCAUAUGUGGUUAAUUAAUUAUAUAAAUGAAAAUGAAGAAAUUACUAUAACAAUUACAUUUGACAAGGAGGUAUACAUCACUGGUAUGAGAUUCUGGAAUUAUAACGCAUCUCUGGAGUUGUCUUAUUGUGGUGUAAGCAUUUUAUAAUAAUAAAAUAAAAAAAUUGACAUGGUUAGUGCUUAUAAGCAUUUGGUAUAUAACAAUUAUUCAAUGUAGGUAAAAAAUUUAUUUAUUAAAUUGGAUGGAAAACCAAUAUUUGAAGAAGAUUGUGAUAGUUUUUUAUUGAGAAGAGCUCCUGGAAAUUGUCAUUAUCAUUUUGCACAAGAAAUAAGUUUUAUUUGCCAUUCUGACAAUGAGCCAACAUUAUCAAAGUUCAAUACGUCUUCAAUUUUGCCCCAAAAAGGUAAUAACAUAAAAGUUUAUGUAUAAUAUCUAUUAAAAUAUUAUAUAUGGUGUUUUGUAACUGAUAGUGCAAGUAAGCAGAGAUUUGUUCUACAUGAAAAACUAAGUUGAAAAUCUAAACGAACGUUUUUUCAUAUAGGGACACAUAUAUAAUAUAUCAUUAAAUAAAUAUAAUAUGUUAUUAACUUUUUGUAUUAAAGAGAUAGAAACUAUUCCAUUUAAUAUGGAUUAUGAAGUACCAUCAAUGCCACAGGGUUUUAUAUAUCAAAUAAUGAUAUUUUCAAGUUGGGGUGAUUCUUAUUAUGUGGGUCUCAAUGGUAUUGAAUUGUUUGGUAUUAAUGGUCAUCAAAUCAAGUUAAAUAAAAAUAGUGAGUAUAUAGAAGAAAAAUAAUUAAUAUUUUUCAUUGUCUCAUU